UUUUUUUUUUUUACUUUUUAUUGCAUAAAUGUCUUCCAUUCCAACUUCCGCUCCACCACCCGAAGCACCUCUUCGCGUCAACGCUCUUCGUAUUUUAGGCACUACAGCCACUCGUAAUUCGUUCUUGAACUCGGUCACCUCCCAUGUGUUCAAAGCCGGCACCACGGAGGAAGUCAUGCAACGCGUAGAGACUAUCGCCACUCAAUUACAAAAGCACGAUAUCUUUGAUGAAAUUAAAAUUUACUUGGAUACAAACCACGCUAUUCCCGAUACCGUCGAUGUCACUCUUCAUUUAAAGGAAAAGGAAAAGGGUUUAUUUCAAACAAAAGUUAACGUCGGUGACAAUCAAGCUGAAUUGAAUGGAGGUGUAGGUUUACGUAAUGUUUUCGGUGGCGCUGAAUCAGGAGCCGUCAACUUUUCUUUUGGUAACCGUACAAAGGCUGCUGUCGAGAGUGUCUUUGAAACCCCUUUCCGUGGUAAUGCCAAUACUAGAAUGGGCGUCUUUUUAAACGGCUCUAUCAGAGAUCAUUCUCAAAUCAAUGCCUAUAGAGAAAGUGCUAAAUCCUCUGGUGUUCGUUUCAAGGGGUGGACUCAAUAUGGUGAGCAUCAGGUUGCUUAUGCGGUCACUGAAAGAGAAGUUACUGCAUUAUCUACUGCUUCCGCUACUGUUCGUAGUCAAUCGGGUACCAACCACAAGCAAUCGGUCUAUCACUCCUUUGUGCGUGAUCAACGUAAUAGUGCCACUUUACCUACCCGAGGUCAUUUCCUUGGCAUUUACCAAGAGUUAUCCGGUUUGGGAGGUCGUGGCGAUACGAGUUUCUUGAAGCACGAGAUGCAAGCCUCCUUCCAUCAAGCCUUAGUGGAUGAAGGUGACUCUAAGCUUGUGUUUAGUACCUCUGUCCGAGCAGGUCUCUUUACAGCUUUAAACGACAAGGAGAACGAACAGAUGCAUAUGUCCGAUCGAUUCUAUGUGGGAGGACCUUUAUCCGUACGUGGAUUCAAGAUGGGCGGUAUUGGUGAGAGAGAAGGAAACGAUGCGUUAGGUGGAGAAGGUUAUUGGGCUGCUGGUGCUAGUUUAAUUAGUUCGAUCCCUGGGUUGUCUCAUUUGCCCAUCAAGGCACAUGCAUUUGCUAAUGCUGGUAGCAUUGUCACACGUGCAGGUACUCCCAGCGAUACCAUCAAAGACUUGAGCGAGACACCUCGUACUUCGGUCGGUUUCGGUUUGAUCCUCCAUCAUAGUAUCGCUCGUUUGGAAGCAAACUACUGUAUACCUUUGAAAUACGCUGGUACGGAUUUACCUGAACCCAAGCUUCAAUUUGGUUUUGGUCUUAACUUUUUGUAAUAAAAUCUUUUUUU